UAAGCGCUAUGUGGUUGGAAGAACUUUGGGUUGGAUCGAUAACGACGUUGAAAGAAAUUAGAGCUUCCCCAAUUUCCCAAAUGAAGAUCCCCCAAUUCGUUCCAUGACCAAAACAUCCACUCUACAAUGGCCUUCUACGAUUCAUACGAUUCCUACUACGAUUCUGCUCAAACUGAGCCUCCAAUUCCGCAAUCCAGCUACGAACCCACCUUCUACAAUCUCUUUGACUAUCCACCUCCUUGUUAUUUCGGUCAGGCUUAUGCUCCCUACACAUCCAAUUUCAAUGAAUUCCCCCAAUUGAUCGAGCAUCAACCCGUUGACCAUGGGGCUUAUGGCUAUACAAUUAGCUACUCGGCCAAUGCUUGUUCUGCAUCGACUUUCAGUGUCCCAAAAGUGAUCGAAUACGACUCUGAUUUGUAUAGCGAUGGUACCCAAAAGGUGUCGUCCCAAUUUGUGAUCUCCUACUCUGUUUCAGAAUUCAACGAGACAGAAUUUGAAGAGUACGAUCCAACCCCUUACGGCGGUGGCUACGACAUUCAUGAAACCUACGGUAAGCCCCUUCAACCUUCAACUGACAUUUGCUACUCACCCUCCUCUUCUUCACCUCCAAAACCCCCACCCACCGCCAUUCCCAUCUCCGCAAUUCAUGAGGCACCAAAGGAAAAAAUUGAAGAAAAAACAGAGCCGUCGAGCGAAAUCAAGCCGACCCAGAUCGAGAAAGAUAACACGGCAUCUGAAUCUGAAGAAAUUGAGGAAGUUAAAGCGAUUCCCUUUGCAGAUCCGGGAAUUGGGUAUGGAAAUGGAAGGGAAGUGAACCAAUUUCCAAGUGGGUAUGGCCUGGAAGCGAUGGAUCUUUGUGAAAGUUUAUUUGGGUAUUGGCCAUGUCUCUCACGGAUUAAAAAGCAAACAGCUUGUAGACAACCCAACAACGGCUGUGGGCGUUGCCAUGGGCAUUGCUAUUGCUAUGGCAAUUACGGCAACCAGUGGCAGACGGCGGCGGACUAUCUAUUCGGAAGCCAUAACCCAUAUCCAGAUGGAAGGAGUGAAGGAGACGGUGUUUAUGGGUAUCAAAGACAGUAUCAAGCGGAGCCUGUCUAUCGCUACGUUUGGUUGAAUCAAAACGACUUCGUUCGGUCCGAUGAUGUUUGAUUUUCAUCAGGUUUCUGUGUAUCAAUCUGGUAGAUAAUCUGUAAUUUCUUCUUCUUAAUAAACUCGAAUUUUAAUCUCAUCUUGUAGUGUAAUGGGCUUUUUCUCUCAUGUCGGCCCAAUAUUAGAGGCCCAAUAAAUCAAAAGUAUUCUUUUGGUUUGGGCCAAGCCA